AUGUCGAAAAGUCGUGAUGGGGACGGGGACCUGCCCCCCUCAUACAACGAGGCAACGACAUCCUACCACUCGCCAUCGUCAUUCAACCCCAACUCAUCGGUCUCAGCAACUCUCAACAACCUCUCUUCCCUCCUCCGUGAAACGCAAGCUCAACAAACUGCCAGAGAUACCGUCACAACGACAGCCCUUCUCCCGCUUCUGACGCCCCACAUCACGUCACUCUUGACAUGUCUAGGGACAACCCCUCACCCGCCGGUAUCAACAGAGCUCUAUCUCGUUCCCUCGGCAGCAGUUGGUCCAGAAUGGAUCAUCGCCUCGGACGCCGACCCCAAGGCAGGACAGGUCGCGGAAGUCAUCCGCGUGCAACCGGAGCCCGAUCCCGAUUCCAAGGGGAGGGGUGACACCAAAGGUCCAAGCUCGGGCUCAGCCUCCGGAAAUAUAAUAGGCUCCUCAUAUGAAUUCGACGAAUGGGGCCGCUGGGACGACGACACCAAUGUAGGGUCGUCGUCGUCGUCGUCGAGGGAAGGAGAAUGGUGGUGGAGCGAUGAAGGCCUGGCCCGGCGUCUCGCGAAAAGGCUACAGCCCGAGCCGAAGCUCGAUCGCACCGUCGUCCGUGCCGUCGUCGAACAGGCAAAGGAGGAUAAAAAGGCCGGUCGGUGGGGGCUUUUCAGGACCGGCAUGGAACCGUCGUCACCUUCGUCAUCUUCUUCGGGUCCACCCCCUCCUCGGCAGAUAUUGAAGCACACGUCUUCUUCCACAACUUUUGAAGAAAAUGUUGCUAUGACAGUGCGCGCGGAGGAAGUCACCUUUCGCCGGGAAAAUGAGAUGGGGAUAUGGGAGAGUAUGCGCGGCUUCGGAAUUGUGGUAAGAGUAAGGAUACGAAGGACAUGA